CGAUGUUUGUGUGGCGCCACCUCCGCGACAGUUUGCAGCACUUCUUUACGGCAGCCGUAAGAUGAAUUUGAACGCGAUCUAGAACAGCAAAGUGACGAUAACAGAAAACCUGAAAGCCGACAAACACUGACAACACGGCCCCGAAGAGCAGCAUUCGCACUUAGUUAUUUACCGCACGCUGACCUGCCGUGUCCCGAGCUGCUUUUUUGAAAUUGAUGGUUGAUAUUGUGGGGCUUUUUACAUGAUUCGUUAGCCUCUCUCUGCAAUGGCCUCCGACAGCAACAUGGACAGAGAAAUGAUCCUGGCCGACUUUCAGGCAUGUACCGGAAUUGACAACAUUGCUGAGGCGAUCACACUUCUAGAACUAAACAACUGGGACUUGGUGGCGGCCAUCAAUGGAGUGAUACCACAAGAAAACGGGAUCUUACAAAGUAGUUUCUCCAGUGAAGCAUCUCAAACCGGCCCCUAUGGACCUCACAGCCAAUCAGAAGCCACAGCGCCUACGCCCUCAGCUCCACCUCCUUCUGCAUCAGAAUCAGCAUCAGCAUCAGCAUCAUCAUCUUCCUCACCUCCGUCCUCCUCCAGCCCGGCCUUCUGCCCAGUCCAGCCCUCACGGCACAUCGUUGAGCGGCAGUCCCGAAUGCUCAGCUUCCGUGUAGAGUACAGGCAGCGCUCCAUAGAGGUGGUGCUGGAGGACGCCAGCACAGUCGGUGAAAUCAAAACCAUUUUAGAGACUGAGCUACAGGUGCCUGUCUCUAAAAUGCAGUUAAAAGGCUGGAAGAGUGGAGACGUGUCUGACAGUACGGUUCUGCGGAGUUUACAUUUGCCCAAGAACAACAGCUUGUAUGUGUUAACCCCAGAUAUCGCCCCUUCAGCCAGCACCAGCCAGAGCAGUGCCCAGCAAGGGUUGUCAAAUCAGAACUACCUGCUCGUCAUUAGCCACCGUGAAGCACAGAGAGAUUACAGCCUCAACUUCCCUGCCAGCAAAACCAUCCAGGAGGUGAAAAGGAACAUUUCAGACCUGACAAACAUCCCUGUGCGGCAUCAGCAGUGGGACGGCUGGCCUGCUUCUGCCACAGAUGACUCGAUGACUCUGGCCAUCAGUGGAAUCAGUUACCCCUGUCAUCAUCUGACCGUGUGCAGAAGAUCUUCUCCUGCGCUCACAGUGGAUCAGACAGAUGAGUGCACAGAUGUCCACAUGGUCAGUGACAGCGAGGGCGAUGAUUUCGAAGAUGCACCUGAAUUUGGCGUAGACGAAUCAGAGAUCUUUGGCAUGGGGAGCUCGAGUUGUCGAAAGUCUCCAAUGAUGCCAGAGAACAGUGAAAAUGAGGGUGAUGCCUUACUGCACUUUACUGCUGAAUUUUCUAGAAGAUAUGGCGAUUGCCAUCCUGUGUUCUACAUCGGCUCCUUGGAAGCAGCAUCUCAAGAGGCCUUUUACGGCAAAGCCAGAGAUAGGAAACUGCUGGCCAUCUACCUCCACAACGACGAGAGUGUCCUCAGUAAUGUGUUCUGCUCUCAGAUGAUGUGUGCGGACUCCAUAGUGUCAUAUCUCAGCCAGAACUUCAUCACAUGGGCCUGGGAUGUUACUAAAGAAGCAAAUAAAGCCAGACUACUCACGAUGUGUACAAGGCACUUUGGCAGCGUUGUUGCACAGACCAUUCGGACAUACAAGACUGACCAGUUCCCAUUACUUUUAAUAGUCAUGGGCAAACGGACAUCAAAUGAAGUUUUAAAUGUCAUUCAAGGCAACACAACAGUGGACGAGCUUAUGAUGAGACUUAUGGGAGCCAUGGAGAUAUUCACUGCACAGCAACAAGAAGACAUCAAAGAUGAGGAUGAACGUGAAGCCAGAGAAAUGGUCAAGAGAGAACAGGAUGAAGCUUAUCGUGUGUCUCUAGAAGCUGAUCGUAAAAAGAGAGAAGCGCAAGAGCGAGAAGAGGCGGAGCAAGUACGUCAGGAGCGAAUCAGGAAGGAGCAGGAGGAGGAACGAGAGGCUAUCCGUCUCUCAUUGGAGCAGGCCCUUCCACCAGAGCCCAAAGAGGAGGGUGGAGAGCCAAUCAGCAAACUGCGCAUCCGGACGCCAAGCGGUGAGUUUUUGGAAAGACGGUUCCUGGGCACCUGUAAACUCCAAGUCUUAUUCGACUUCGUCGCCUCCAAGGGCUACCCAUCCGACGAGUUUAAACUGCUCACCACCUUCCCACGCAGAAAUAUAACACAGCUAGACCCGGCGUGGAAUCUGGUGGAGGCUAAACUCUUCCCUCAGGAGACCCUGUUUCUGGAGGCCAAAGAGUAAGGAUCGAUCCGAAAUCUCUUGGAGUGAACAGGAAGAAUAAGCAAAGGACUUUAGCAUGAUGUCCACAUUGACCAGACACACACACACACACACAUACACACACACACAAACACACAAGCCUUUACACACUUUCACACACGGUGUGUUGUAUAUGAAUGCUGAGUGUACAUUUUAUGCACACGGAGGCCUUCACAAGCACACGGAUAAACGUUCACCCUCUUCACAUAACUGCAGUGUAAUGUUCUUUCUCCACCCAAAACGUAAAGUAACCGAAAAAACAAAAAGAAAAAAAACUUAAGCAAGCAAAAGUGUGGAAGUCUAAAAAAGCCAGCCGCACAAAGACUUCUCACUACGGCUGCUUUUUAGACAUGUUUUGUGUUGAAAUGAGACAAAAAAAAAGUAUGAAUGAAAAAAAAAACAAAUAAAUGAAAUCAAACAAAGAGACAUUUCCUGGAGAACGCUGGACCAUUUUCCUUUUCCCCAUGGUUUUCAGAGGCCCUGGACAGCCCAUAAUCCCCGGCUUCUUUCUCAUACCCAAAUUGAUGAUCCUUGGUUUUAAUAUCAAUUGCUUAUGUUUAUUUUUCUCCUUUUUUCUCUCCCCUUUUUAAGUUUGAUGCUGUAUUAGAUUUAGGUUGAUAUACAUUAUAUAAAGAAUAUAUGAACAUGCA